CGAACGCAAGUACUCUAUGGUCUCUGUGGGCGUCUGUGAGGUCUCCAACGCUGCAGCUGGAGCCUCAGCCACCUGCUCCUCUUCUUCCUCCACUGAAACCCCCCUGGGCAGGUUCCUGGACCGCCUGCUGGUCCUGCUGGUAUGUGGUCAUGAGAGGGUGGGUCUACACGUCCGCACCAACGUCAAGGAGCUGCUGGGGCUGGAGCUCAGCCCGGUCCUGUACCACAUGCUCUUCAACAAGCUAAGGAACAGCAUCGGACGCUUCUUCGACACACAGGGGCCGGUCCCCAUCAAUGACACUAACACACAGUUUGUGGAGCAGACCAUUGCCAUCAUGAAGAACCUACUGGAUAACCAUGCUGAGGGCAGCUCAGAGCACCUUGGACAGGCCAGCAUAGAGACCAUGAUGCUCAACCUGGUCAGGUACGUGCGUGUCUUAGGCAACACGUUGCAUGCCAUCCAGAUGAAAACCAAGCUGUGCCAGCUGGUGGAGGUGAUGAUGGAGAGACGAGACGACCUGUCCUUCUGCCAGGAGAUGAAGUUCAGGUGAGCGACAGAGACGGCACUCCCUCCUGGACAGACCUAAACUCUAGUUUAACGCUAGCCAAACUAGCUAAACGCUACUUAAAGCUUCAGUCAGCAGUUCAAACAAUUAAAAAAA